AUGAAAGUCUUCCUGAUUUUUCUGAUAAUUGGAGUUGCCUUCGCAAUCAAAUGUUCUGAAGAUGCUCACUGUGGAGUUCCUGAUAUUCGUGCCAAAUGUGUCGAUGGAAGAUGCAUGUUCACUCGACUCCGUCCUGUCGAUCCAACUGGUCCACCAUCUCGUCGUUCUGUCCGUUCCAACAGAAGACCUCUUCGCGGUGCAAACUUGAACAUGUGA